CAGUAAAAGAAGUAGCAUCACAAAUAUAAAUAAUUCGAUAUUCGUCUAAAGUGUGGCAUAGCUGAAAAUAUUUCUUGCUUGCCACGCAAUUCCGCGUUACAUUUGUUGUUGCAUUAGUAUUGGUAAGAAGGCCGACACCGAAUGUGCGUGCCGCACUGCAAUCGUUAAAUAUUUCAAUUAAUGAGAAGAAAAAUUUGUGGCACAUCGUGAAAAUUGUGUUAAGAAAAUGAGUGAAACGCCAGAACUGCUGCUGGUGCCCGGCGGAGUUGGUAAAGAAAAAGAAGCCAACGGUGGGAAUGAAAACGAUUACCGAAGCCGGGAUAAGGAUCGUUCUCGUUCCAAAGACCGAAGCAGGGAUAAGGACAAAGACAGAGAACGUGAGAAAAAGCGCAGAGAUCGCGAUCGUAGCAGCAAAGAUCGCGAAAGUCGUCGCCGUGACAGCCGUGAGCGUGAGCGGGAUCGAGAGUCCCGAUCGCAUCGCAGUCGUUCGCGUAACCAUGAUGACUAUGACAGACGCAAGAAACGCUCACGAAGCAAGGACCGUGAUCGCAGACGUGAUCGGGACCGCGACUCAAGAUCAAGACGAAGCGGUUCGCGAGGGGGAAGCAGUCGCGAUGAUUACGAUCGUAAUCGCAGGCGUCGCUCGAGCAGUCGCAGCUACGAUCGGCGUCGUAAUGAGCGCAGCAAUGAUUCGCAUCGUAAUAGUCGAGAGCGCAGCAGUCGCGAGCGCACCAGUCGUGAGCGCACCUAUGUGAACCCAUUCGACACAUCGAACAGUCGAAAUAUGUCGCAUGACCAGGAGUCGCGAAUACCGUCUCUCUUUGAGCGUCAUCUUCAACAGCCACAGUUGGAGUCCAUUAGGGAGGAGACCACUUCGCGCUUUGAUCUUUCCCAAACCAUACAGGAUCUAAUGAGCAAUGUGAGCAACAAUAAAAGUUUUGCAGCAAUGUUUAGCAAUCAAAAUAGCAACGAUUCCACAAGCAAUGGAGUCUCUGAGAAUUCAAUGGACGGCGCAGCGGAACGGAAGCGCAAACGGAAAUCACGAUGGGGCGGCACUGAAAAAGACAAGACAUUUAUACCGGGCAUGCCUACGAUUUUGCCCUCCACGCUGGACCCGGCACAGCAGGAGGCCUAUUUAGUUCAAUUCCAAAUUGAGGAGAUUAGCCGCAAGCUGCGUACUGGCGACCUGGGCAUCACGCAGACACCGGAAGAAAGGUCGCCUUCCCCGGAGCCCAUUUACAGUUCUGAUGGCAAACGUUUGAACACACGAGAAUUUCGCUAUCGCAAGCGCUUGGAAGAGCAGCGCCAUCAGCUCAUUGUCAAAAUGCAGGCUGUUAAUCCGGAGUUCAAGCCGCCAGCGGAUUACAAACCACCUGUUACGCGUGUCAGCGAUAAGGUAUUGAUUCCGCAGGAACAGCAUCCGGACAUUAAUUUCGUGGGCCUCUUAAUUGGACCACGUGGCAACACACUGAAGGCCAUGGAGAAGGAUACCGGCGCGAAGAUCAUUAUUCGCGGUAAAGGCUCCGUUAAAGAAGGCAAAGUGGGACGUAAAGAUGGGCAACCUUUGCCGGGCGAGGAUGAGCCACUGCACGCCUUUAUCACAGCACCCAAUCCAGAGGCAGUGCGCAAGGCUGUGGAUAAGAUUAAAGACGUCAUUCGUCAGGGCAUUGAGGUGCCCGAGGGUCACAAUGAUCUGCGCCGCAUGCAGCUGCGCGAAUUGGCCCAACUUAAUGGCACACUGCGCGAGAAUGACAUACAACGCUGCACUUGCGGCUCAACGGAUCACAAGUCCUGGCAGUGCCCCGAUAAGCCAAUCAUCACCAACACCAUUGUGUGCACUUCGUGCGGCGGCACUGGACAUUUGACAAAGGAUUGUCGUAAUAAACGUCCGGGCUCCGGAGCACCUGGUAUGGCCUGUGAGGAUUCCCAGGCCAAGAUCGAUGAGGAGUACAUGAGCUUAAUGGCCGAGCUGGGCGAGGGACCGCCCCCUUCCGCUGUGAAGGCUGAUGCUCCGACUGCUCCACAACUACAUCGCGCGAGCUACAGCAUCUUUGAUAAAAAGCCUUCUCCGAUGCAGGCUAUUCAGUCGCCACCCAACUCGUCGUCUCGUGAUCAUCAACGGGACAUGGGCGGUGGCUGGGGAGGAUCUUCGCACGAGCAUCAAAUGAACAUGGACCCCAGUAUGGGCAUGGAACAUGGAAUGGGCAUGGCACCGUAUGUGCCACCACCACCCGUGGUCCAGGCGCCACCGCCGAUGCCGCCACCGCUGAUGCCUUGGAUGAGUGCGCCACAGCCGCCACCACCGGCCACUGAGCCCAUGAAUCCGCCAAUACCAGGCACAUUGCCGCCAUUAAUACCGCCGCCGCCUGGUACAAGUGCGCCGCCAAUGCCACCGUGGGCCAGCGGCUAUCCCGGCUGGGGCACUGGGUAUGUGCCGCCACCACCACCGCCGUGCGCACCGCCGCCGCCCUCGCUCAGUUUGUCGCAGCCACCACCGCCGCCGCCGCCAUCUAACUGAUCUAUCAUAUAUGCCCCGCACAUCUAUAACUUGUAGCCUAACAAUCUUCUUAUAAACUUAAACAACCUGAACUAAAUAUGUAACUAUGUACUUUGUAUUUUAUGCUUCAUUAAAGGAUUGACUAAACAUUAGUUUAGAGCUUUA